AUGAUGAGUCUGGAGUCAUUAGCCAAUGAAUUGCUCUUAAAUUUAUUCGAAUAUUUCAAUGGUGCAGAUCUGUUUCGUGCAUUUUACAAUGUAAAUAUUCGAUUCAAUACUCUUCUCAUUCGACAUUUUCGAACUCAUAGUUUCAAUUUUCAUUUUUCACCUAAAAAAGACUUUGACAUCAAUUGUCAACAAUUCCUUCCACUCAUAUCACAACAACUUGUUGCCCUUCAUCUUUCAAAUACCGACGCGACUCCAUCUCAACUAGAUUUAUUUCUAUUGAAUCAUUUACCUCUUAAUCAAUUUACUCAAUUACGAUCUUUAUCCUUUCAUUACAUUUGUUCAAAUCAACUAUUAAACAAAGUCGUGUGUCAAUGUCAUUCGCUUCAUCAGUUAAUCUGUUGUCGUUUUAUUGAAUGUUAUUUUAAAUUUUAUGAUGAAUCUCAUUAUAACGCCUUUAAAGCUCUUUGGUCUCUACCAAAAUUGACUCAUUGUCUAUUAGAUUUCCGAUUUGUUCAUGACAAACAAAUAUUUAUUCCGCAAAUUGUCUCUGAAUCUCUUAAAUACGUCUCAAUCCCACAUAUUCACUGGCAAUGGAAUGAAUUCAUUAAAUUAUUACGUUGUACACCAAAUAUUCUUCAUUUCGAUGUUUGUGUACCUGAGUUGAUCAACGGAAUUCAAUCGAAACUCUCCGCUUCAUCUCUUUCAGCAUUACAACUCUCUGUCACUAAUUCAUCUCAAACAAUGUUCAGUCUCUUACAAAAGACACCGAAUUUAUCGUGUUUAAUAGUGAAAACGACAAGUUUAAUUAUCGAUGGUUCUCAAUGGAAACGAAUUCUUGUUAACAAUUUGUCCAAACUGAAGGAACUCGCAUUUUUUAUGCGAGAUCAAUUCAGGUUGAAUGAUAAUUCAGAAGAAACGGUUGAUCUUUUGCUUAAAUCAUAUAGUAGUUCAUAUUGGAUUGUUGAUCGUCAAUGGUUCGUUCGAAGUCAAUGGACACCGAAUGAUCCUGAAAGCGAAAUUUUCCUUUACACCCUUCCUGAUCGUUCGAAUUAUUCGAUAGUUCAACCAUCGAAUUGUACUAUUCGUACUAAAUCCACUAAUCCAUCGGAACACGAUUACGACAAAGUAUCAUUUCUGACAGAUCUCAUGUCGCACGCGUACUUUUCUCGCCUUCGUCAUCUUCAUUUAACAUUACCUUUUACUAAUGUUCUGUUAACCAAUUUACCCCAAUUUGAUCAAUUGGUCACUCUACAAAUCGGAUGUUUUCCAUUAAUUGAUGGUAAUAUGGCUGUUUAUCAAUUACAGAAAUUGAUCGAUCGUGCUCCUCAUCUCUAUUCAUUCGAGGUAUUAGCCUGGUUUCCAUUGAUCGUUCAAGAGAUUCCACUACAUCUCUUCAGUCAUUCGAUUCGAUCACUUCAAUUUCAAAAUGCAUGUUGCUCAAUUAAUAAAACAACAACUUAUUUCACUGCGAACAAGUGUUACGAUUUAAUCCAUUCGCCAUUAGGUGUUCAUUGUGAAUUUCUUUCAUUGCAUGUACAAACGCGAACGAGCAUACUUGAUCUGGUUCAUGGAUUAUCGAAUCUUCGCACGUUGAAAGUGUCCUGUGAAGAUGAUCAAUGGGGAUGUCGAACGACAACAUCAUUCAGCAAUGAUGAGUUGAUUCAAUGAGUCGUGCAAGCGGCUACAAUACGUUGUAUUCAUGGAAAGGAUAACAUCACAAAAAGUAUUCCAAGUCCCCGUUCAUGGUGUCUAAUACUUCCUUUUCUACGUUAUGUUGAGCUGAACUUCGAAGAAAAUCCUUACACGUCUGGCAUAAUAUAUUACGGAACUCGAUCCACGCCGAUUUCUCAUCGUUCCAUUCUUCUGGAACAAAUUCGUAUCAAUGCGCCGUCUCUUCAAUAUCAGUUAAAUAUCCGUCUAAGUGUUAGGAGACAGGAUGUGCCAGAUGAAUCGCUCUUAGGACGUGUGGUAAUAGGCAAAGCUUUUCCUCAAUUGCGAUAUCUUUCAUUUGGUCGACGUCGCUUCAGACUCCCACCUCCAGAAGUGAUGGCUCAACGAGUUUUAUCGUGGUUCGAUAUUCUCAUACCGUCAUUAUCAACGCUUUCCAUCUUUCAUGUUAACAAACGCUGUUGCUAUUAUCGAUCUAAACCAAAAUCAGCUAUUGGCACACUCAUGACACUUAUCAGACAUGUUCAUUUAAAUAAUCCAUCGGCUCAUGUAGUCAUUGAUUCAAAUGAAGACAUUAUUAUUUGGCUUUGA